GGCCUGCAGUCGCAGAACCACGGAACUACGGAAGCCGCACAGUUCUAGCCGUAGCUUCCUGAAAAUGUCCUCCUGGAGAAGGUUGGCUGCUGCGCUCAGGAGCGCUGUUGGGGGGACCCGGGCCCUGAGGGCGGCCGCCCUGCGCAGAGCCGUAGCUCCCGCCGUAGUGGGUUCCGUCCUCGGAACCGGCCUCGUCUGUUAUCACCGCUGUCGGGUUUUGGAGAGACCGUCUACCGUUUACGCUGCGGAGGAGCAGGAAGCUCCAGCUCCUCAGAUGUCCCCCAGAAAGAUGCGCUUCAUCCAGUUCGCCUCGGUGGUGUAUGAGCAGGAGCCCUACAUGACCCCCAGAGACUUCCUGUUCUCCGUCAUGCUGGAGAAAGUGGACCGGAAGCUGCAGAAGAGGGUGCUGACCGCGCAGGAGGUGAACAGCAUGCUGCGCACCGCCUCAGCAGCCGGAGCCGGCACUGAUCUGUUCAGAACCUGGGGCGAUAACGGUCUGAUUUCCUACACAGAGUACCUGUUCCUGCUGACCAUCCUGACCAAGCCCAGGACGGGAUUCCGUAUUGCCUUCCAGAUGCUGGAUGUGGACGGAAACGAGCAGGUGGACAAGAAGGAGUUCCUGAAGCUGAAGACGAUUAUUGGCAGCAGCAAAGCCAGAGUUGCCACUGCAAAGACAGCAGCAGAGAACAGCGAGGCUGUGAGCACAUCCCUGCAGGCCUACUUCUUUGGGAAGAGAGGGGAAAACAAACUCAAGUAUCAGGAGUUUCUCAGGUUCAUGGAGGACCUGCAGGCCGAGGUCCAGGAGAUGGAGUUCCUGCAGUUCUCCAAGGGCAUGGACACCAUGAGAAGAGAGGACUUUGCAGAGUGGCUGCUCCACUACACCAACGAAGAAGACAAUGAGAUCUACUGGGAAAAUAUGAGGAAAAGAAUCCCUGCUGGUCAGAGCAUCACCUUCGAUGAGUUCAAAGCCUUCUGCCUGUUCAGCAACAACCUGGAGGAUUUUGUCUUCUCCAUGAAGAUGGUCACCGGGGCCAACCGUCCUGUGGGCAUGGCUCAGUUUCGGCGGGCCGUGAAGAUCGCCACGGGCCACGAGCUGUCAGACAGCGUGCUGGACACCGUCUUCAAACUGUUCGACAUGGACGGAGACGACUGCCUGAGCCACAAGGAGUUCAUGGCGGUGAUGACGGACAGAGUGCUGCGGGGCCUGAAGGUGCAGCCGCAGAGCGGGGUUUCCGGCUACUGGAAGUGUGUGAAGCGGGAGACCCUGACGGGAGCCAAAGAGGCGCUGGGAGACGGCUGGUGUCCCAUCUGACCCCUCCCCACACACUAACAUGUCUAUAUGUAUAAUCACACAUUUAAGAGGUUUAUGCAGCCAAUGCUAUUUGUGGGCGGGGCUUGUGUGCACAUGCAGAUGCGUGGCGCAGCGGUUGGGUUGUCUAAAUAAAGUUUUGAAGGAGGCGGUGCAUUCACAGCAGA